UCCGCUUGGGAUUAAUAAAGUAUCCAUCUAAAUACCAAUCCAAUAGCAAGGUGGAUUUGCAUACACCGCCCUUUUCCGAUGAAGUCUCUCCAAUGAUAUAUUCGCUCCAAUGUAGAUUUACAUAAGCACACCCCUUAUACGACGUUUUGCAUAGAAACGCCCCUCAGUAUUUGAAGCGACUGUGAAUUCAAGGCGAUAUGGCCGUGGGCAUAAUUUUAAUACACCACUCCUACAUUGAGUGAAUAACUCGUCUUAGCCAAUCAAAGCCCUACCGACCCACCUAAACCGGAGACAGUUAAGAUGAACAGCGUCGUACAGUCACGAAUGCAGCUGUUUGAAAAUUUUAGGGCUGUGGGUUUUUCAGGAAACUUAAUAGCUGCAGAAAAAGUGUAAAGGCAGGCUGGGUAAGAAGAAGCUUGUGCGCGAUCUCCGGGGGGCAUUAGAGCGACUUCAGCGGAAGCAGCGAGGUCCUGGAACUCGGAAAAAGAAGGUACAUGACGAAUUGGACGUCACUCAGAGACUCUGUUGUGAAGUGAGCUCCCCAAAAAGUGGCUCCUCGGAUGGAUCGCCUGUCCGCGGUGGUUCUGUUAGCAUUAACCGUUUCAAAAUAAGCGGCCCCCUGUUUCGUGCGAGUGUCAGCGGCGUGUCCAGAACGUGUUCGCACAGAUUUGUUCCAGGCUGGAGGAGCUGGUCAUGUGCCUUCCUCUUCUGUUGAAAGGCCCGCAGUAGUUUCAUUCCGGUUUGUCGCCUGAAUGCGAGCCGCAGAAUAAGCAGAAGCAAAUGAAGGGGCGUCUCUGCGAGGUCCUCCUGACGGCACUCCUCCCUGUUGCCCUCUGUAUGCUUCCAGCACCGGUCAACCUUAACAUUACCUCUCGAAACUUUGAGCAUUUCCUGAAGUGGGAGCCUGGAGAUGGAACUCCAACUGGAACCCUUUACAGAGUUGGAUAUUUCAGUCAAAGAACCAACAACUUGGCCCUUGUGGAGAACUGCCAGAAUAUCAGUGAGCCCCUAGAAUGCGACCUGACAAAAGUGUUUGUAGAUCUCUUUGACCACUAUGUCUCUGCAGUCCAAGCCGUCUUCAGAUUUCAGGAGUCCAACUGGACAGAACUACCAACGACUUUUGAUCCAUAUUUUCACACAGCCUGUGAUUAAAAUAGACAAUAAUGAUAAUGUUUCGUUUGAGGAACGGAUAUUUCUGCUUCAGCCUGCUACUGAGUACUGUGUCAUGGUGAGCAUGAGUGCAGAUCACAACAAGAACAACAUCUCUUCUGGAAGGCACUGCGUCUUAACAGCCCACCACAAUAAAGCAGGUGCUCUGGUGAAGGUGGUCGUCAUUCCAUCUGUUUUUUUUUUCAUCAUCUUUGUAAUCUUCAUUUUAUUCACGGAGUCCAUUCGCUCUUGGAAAAUGGAGCAGCCCAAGGUCCUGACAUCUUUCAUUAUUCAGGAUGGUGUCAGGGUAGCAGAGAUUGAGAAGUGCCACCCCGUCUUAGUCACAAUUCUGCCCAGACCUGACGAUACACAGAACUUAUUCACAGAUGCCUACUUUAGGUCAAGGCAGAGCGAGUACUCGGACGAUGAAGAAGGUGACGUUUAUGAGAAGUGUGGCUUGAAAGUGCCAGUCCAGCAGAGCUACAACAGCAACAAAGAGCUUGAGAAGAACGUCGAACCCUCUCUGUGGGAGCAGUUUGGAGAGGAGGAGUCGAGCUGUGAGGUGCUGAGUAACCAAUCCGGGGUGACGGCUGAACAUCUGGACCCCUUGGAUUUGGAGCAGCAGGUGUGUCCGCACGAGAUCCCGGAGAUCUAUAAAGAUGUGCCUCUGUGUUCAGUGAUGCUCUGUGACCUUGAGCAGGAAUGCGUGACCAAUGACGCAGACACCGGAGACAUUUGCUUAGAGAAAUUGGACCAGCAGGGGGAGCAGGAGGCCUGUCGGCAGCUUUCAUACAUUUUGACUGUGGAGCCAGUGAGUGUCGGCAAAGGCGCGGUCAGUGAGGAUCACAACAAGGAGCCAUUUUACAUUUCAGACUCUGAAGAAGAGGACAGUGAUGAUGAGCCUUGUGGAUAUUUAAGCCGUUAGUCGUAUGGUUCGCUGUAUAAACGGUUUGCUUUAACUGUGGGGUGCAGCGCUCGAGGGCCAUUAGCGGCUUUCUGUCCAGCUUAUGUUAAUGGAACACAUGGCUGUAGGAGCAAAGAAGGGCUGUGAUGGCUCAGCGUGCUGCCUUUACAUAUGCACUGAGCACUUUCUGUAUCUGUGAGGAGUGCAUUAAAUAAACAGGUAGGGAAUUCGCCAUGAUGGGGCACAAGUGCUGGGUAGCUGCUCAGUCCGAACUAGCCAGGAGACCCUCAUCAAGCAGGAAAAAACUGAUGAAACCACCAGGCCUUCCCUAACUAACCGCUGCUGAGUGACCAAGUUUAUGAGCUGACAAACACACGGCUCCCUUUUUUAUUUUUUGAAGAGAUCUGUUACUGUACCUGCUGGAUUCCCAACGCAGUAUUACCUUUAUUGAGCCGUGGGCCAUUUUGGGAUUGAGCAGACUAAGAGAAGCCCAACUCAAUGGCAUCCCUUGGAGCUUCUUUGGGACUUUGUGACGGUCAUAAAUCAGAGGACAGUUAAGUGGCUGGGCCUUUGGAGUUUGUGUCUGAAGCAGUUCAUCCAAUCACAGUCUUGGCUUGGGCCACGCCUCCAGUAAUAGACAUGUGUGACCUUUAGGGGGCGUCCCAAAGCCAGAACACCACUGUCUCACACACUCCACUUCCACUCCAAAUGGACUUGCUUAUUAUGCACAAAAUCUCCAAACCACACCACUGUAACCAGUGCAUUAAUCGUCUGUCCCUCCUCCACUUUCUAACUCACCCGGGUGACAUGGGGGGCUCCUUUCCAGGAAGGAUCCGAGAGUACAUCUGGUGCUGUAGCUGGGAAUCACUUCCAGAUCAGUCAAAACCACUAAAUGUCCUGGGAGGCUCAUAGCAGUUCUGCCCAACAGCACCUGAGGACCCCAACACCUGCUGACAUGUCCAAAUGGGAGUCCUACCAGGGAGAUGAUGCCUCCCGAAGGAAAACCGGGCCCUUGGAGGUGGUCUGCCACAGUCCAUCCAUGUUGGUCUUCCAGUCAGCAUGCACUCCCAGACCUGCCUAAUAUGCCACAAAUCUUAUAUGAACAAGAGGACCGGAUAGGGGGGGGUAGCUGCAGCACUGACCACCAGCUUAAAACACGGACACGGCAGUCCAAAGUAAGAAUAAAAAAGGAGUUUUGUGAAUAAAAACGGAAUAACUGACAUAGGAAUUAAAAAUGGAGACCUCCACCCGCAGUACCCAUCUAAACUGUCGUGACCCCUGGCUGCUCCGUCACUGGUGCUCUGCCUUUAACACCAGUGGCCUCCUGACCAAGAGGAGGAAGACCCUUUGAAAACUGUGCCCUGUGCCACUCACAUGUACCCCCAACCAUAAGCACUGCCAGAGUCCUGAAUGGAUGUCCUGCACCCCACUGUGACUUGGGCAGAGCUCACCCUGGUGGCACCAGCUGUCCUAUAGCGGGCAACUGAACUGCAGCAUAUUGUCCUGUAGCCCAAGGGGACUCUGAGUGCCCCCCAUAUGUAUGUUAAAAAUCAGGAAUGGAGAAACAUGGGGACAAAUCUUCAGAAAAUCGGGAUGACGUUCAGGGGAGUUGAAUACUCCUGCACACCUCUGUGUAUAAACCUACACUCACACUCAUACUCACACAGUGCCUUUAAAGGCGGAUUUGGUGGCUCUGAGGCUCGGGAUCUGCACUGGCAAUCAGAAGGUUGGCAGUUCAAAUCCCGUAAAUGCCAAUCGGGACUCUGCUGUGUUGGGGCCCUGAGCAAGGCGGCCCUUAACCUGCCAUUGCUGAGCGCUUUGAGUGGUGAGAAAAGCGCCAUAUAAAGGCAAAGAAUUAUUGUUAUAUUAUUAUUAUUAUUAAAGUGCUCGCCUCCUUUGAAGUUUUCUUCUUGUGAAAAACAAAUUGUAAAGUCCAAGUGAAAGCCGAUCUCCGAGCAGAGUGCGCUCAACGAAUUACAAAUCUAAACCACAGACACGUUGGUCUCGGGCUUCACGUCGGUAAUCAUUAGCUGAUGGCAGUCUCUGGGCCCGGGUCCCUCUCUAUCAGCUCUGCCAUUUUGCCCCAUUCAAGCAUCCCACUCAAGCUCUGUCAGGUGUCCUGGUGGUCCAGAGUAAAGAGCCUUUGUCAAGUCCGGCCAAAGAUUCCUUAAUGGGCUCCGACUCGGCCACUGCAGGACAGUCACGUUGUUGGUCUGGAGUGAUUCCUGCCGAGCUUUGGCCUUGUGGUCUUCUAUGGGGGGGCAGGCGUCCCACCUCGGAUUUGGGCCGUUCAUUCGAAUGUCUGAGUCCUUCCUGGGCCUGCUACAGAGAAGCGUCCCCACUGCCUGAUGCUGCCACCAGCACGUUCCAUGGUGUAGCUUAGGUGACGUGCCACUUAACAAAGUAUUUAGUCUACCAGCCAGAAAGCUCCAUUUCAGUCUCCUCGGACCACACGACUCUCUUCCAGCUGACCUCCGAGUCGCUCACGUUCUUCUCCCACGAUGUCCUCUGCCUUUUCACUUUGCUGCCCUCCCCUAGAGCUCUGACUGGUGUCACCCACCCCUUCACAGUUCUCGGGUGGGGGGUCUCGUCCAGGUUUUGUGGGCAGGCCGUACUCUUUGGGUUUCUUCAAGACCGAUUUGAAGUGCAGCUUCUCUGACUUGGAGGUUUUCUUGUCUCCCUCAGUCCCUGACUUGAGUGCCAUUUUAUGUUCUUGUGCCUUCAUUGGGUUUGUUAGGUCAAAUUUGAGUGGACCCUCCAGAUACAAUCAAGGGAAACCCCCGAGAGGCGGAACUAAUGAUGGGACUUGGGAAACCAGUGGGCUGCACCACCAGCGGUCAUUUGGGUUUUAGAUUUGCUGUUAAUUUACAACUUUGGUAUUAAAGAGUCGCAAGGCCAAAGGAAAUCCACUGGGGUUCCACGUUGUAGAAGAAGAAAAUGUGAAAACGAACGAGGGGUGCGUAUUCUUGAUAGGCCUGGUGUGUGUGUGUGUGUACACGUGUAAUACACACACACACUGUGUAGGCCUACGCAGCGGACACCCAGAUAGCGCCAACGACUGAAAUGCCAAAGGGCCGUGUCUGGUGGGACGCUCUGCGUCUUCAGCUCUCCGCUAUGCAGGUCACCCUUGCACUUCAUUUUAUUUAUUUUUUUCUGAAGCUGAAAAUGUAAAGGAGGCGAAUGUCCUGACUCUGCAUUUUCUAAAUAAAUAUUCCGGCCUCUCUGCUCCACUCCAGUGGUAUUUCAUUUUUUUGUUGCAGAGUAUCCUUCACUGAGGAGAAGCUCUGAGCAGCCGCACACAUUUGUAGCUGCCGUCUCGUGCGCUAGCAGUGAAGUCAGAACUUAUUGAAGGUUUAAUGUACUGACGAGCGUGAAAGGUCUGUGAAGCUGCGUUAAAGGCCUCCAUAGGAAACCACUGCA